AUGGAUUUUAUCUUCGGCCAGAGCAACUCCUCGCUUGGAGACACCACCAUGGCCACUUCAUCCUCUCACCUGAUCCGCACGCCCGAGGAGGCCGUGGCCCGGGUUGCCUACCUCUCGAGCGAUGUCGUCGUUUCUGUCCAGCCGUCACUGGCGGUCGACUCGGCCUUCUCGCCGCAUCUGAAGCGACUCGCUGCCCAGAAGCUCCCCAGCUUGGUCGCCGCGACGCCGGAUGCUGUUGCCCAUGUCGAAUCCGUGCGGCACAAUGCAGAUCCGUUGCUCUCCGUCUACGCCCCCAUCCGCUCGGGCAAGCUGGUUUCCGUCACCACGACGUCGUCCAUUCUCCUGCCCGCCAUCUCUCACCUCUACAAGCUCGCCAGCUAUCCCGUCGUCCUGCACGUCUCUCUUUCCCCGCGCGGUCAUGCGCACUAUUCGGACAUUACCUCGAUUCGCAACUCCGGUUGGACUUUCCUGCAGUCCCAGGACAUGCAAGAAGCCCAGGACAUGGCCAUCACGGCUCACGCCUUGGCCGUGCGCACGGGGCGGGGCGUCAUCCACUUCCUCGCCUUCGAAGCUCGCGCCGAUGCCGAGCCCAUCGUCGCCGAAGACGCUCGCCUGGUUCGGGACGUGCUGGAUAUCGAGAGCGUCAGAAGGUUCCAGUCCGGCGCCAUCUCCUCCAUCGGCCUCUACACGGACGACGGUCAUGUUGCCGUUUCCUCGGACCACCCCGAGCCGACACCCGGCAAAGGCUUCCCCUCCCAGCCGGCAGAUGGCCCUGACGCUGCGAAGUCAAGAUCGGCAGGCACGUCGGUCAAGUCGAGCGAGGCUAGUGUGUCCUCUACCCCCGUCGCCCCGUCGUCCGUUGCCACGACGGUGGAGGCUGCGCCGGUCCAGGUCACCUCCAAGGAUAUCCACACGUGCGCCGCUCGAAUCUGGGCUCAUAUGAAGACGGCAUUGGGAAGGCAGUACGAUGCCUUUCAGUACACGGGACCCACGACUGCCGAGAGCUGCCUCUUCAUCUUCGGCUCCGCCACGAGCUCCUUCGCCGAGGCUGUUGACCGGGCAGGGCCGGAUGACAUAUUUGCCGGGGUUGGCUUCCUCACGCCGCGCCUUUAUCGACCUUGGAUUGGUUCCAAGCUUACCGACGUCAUCCCCAAGUCGGUCAAGAGAGUGGCCGUGCUCGAGGAAAUUCACCGCGCCACGACAAAAUGGGGCCCCAUCCUCAUCGAUGUCCUGUCAUCGAUCCAUCGUGGACCCGGUGGCGUUCAAGUCAUUGUCGGCUACCAGCUGGGCUACCUCGGGCCCGAGACGACGGGCCAGGCCCUCCGCGGGAUCAUGCAGAAUCUCACGGCGGAGAAACCGGUCCAGAACCUCGAGGUCGGCAUCAGGGACGCGCCGCCACUGCCGUCUGCCGGGUACGCCUUGGAGACUCCGCAGCUGGAGACGGCCUACUCCAAAAUUCUACAUCAGCUGUUCGGGCCUAGGGCCUACGUCGCCAACACCCUAGACUCGCAGGGUGCCGGUGUCCCUUCCAAGCUCUCGGCGAGCCCCGAAUUUGGCUUCGGCUCGCUUCUGGCACGCAAGGAACUUCGCUCUCGAUUCGUGAACGAGGUGAAGGAUGCCGUGAGCGGCGGCUCCUUUGCGACGGAUGAACCCAAGAGCUGGCUCGCACGAUGGGUCAUGAACGCUGACAAGCGUACCGAGGCCGACGACAUCGCCGAUAACGUCAUAUCUCGCCUGGAAGCGGACGGUUCGCAGGCGGCCCGGACGCUACUCGCCCGACGCGCCCUGUUCCGCAGGGAGUCGCUCUGGCUCUUGGGUUCCGAUGCCUGGGCAUACGAUCUCGGAAAUUCGGGCGUGCACCACGUGCUCGCCUCUGGUGAAAACGUCAACAUGCUCAUCAUCGACUCGACGCCCUACUCGGAGAAGGCCGCCGCCGAUUCCGGCCGCAGAAAGAAAGACAUUGGGCUGUACGGCAUGAACUUUGGCAACGUGUACGUCGCUUCCACGGCCGUGUACAGCUCCUACACGCAGGUCCUGCAGGCGAUGCUGGAGGCCGACAAGUUUGAUGGACCUUCUGUCGUCUUGGCCUACCUGCCCUACUUUGGCGAAACGGACUCGCCUCUCACCGUCCUUCAGGAGACCAAGAAAGCCGUCGACGUUGGCUACUGGCCCCUCUAUCGCUGGAACCCCGUCAACGAAUCAAAGGGGGAGCCAAAUUUUGCCUUGGACUCGGGCCUGAUCAAGCAGGAGCUCAAGGCCUUUCUGGCGAGGGACAACCAGCUGACCCAGCUGAUGAACAGAGAACCCACAUUUGCCGCCAGCUUGGCGCAGGACUUUGGUACGGAAGUGCGCGCCCGCCAGAAGAGAAAGGCCAAGGACGCGUACCAAGAGCUCCUCGACGGCCUUCUGGGUGCUCCUCUGACUAUCCUCUUCGCCUCGGACAACGGGAACGCAACCUCGCUGGCAAAGCGGCUUGGCAACCGGGGCAGGGCUCGCGGCUUGAAGACCGCCGUCAUGGCCAUGGAGGAUUAUCCCGUGGAGGAUCUGCCCACCGAGGAGAACAUAGUUUUCGUCACGUCGACGGCCGGCCAGGGCGAGUUCCCGCAGAAUGGCUUGUCGUUCUGGGACGCCAUCAAGGACAAUGCAGAUGUCGACCUGGCCACCGUGAACUACUCCAUCUUUGGCUUGGGCGACAGUCACUAUUGGCCUCGCAAGGAGGACAAGUUGUUCUACAACAAGCCCGCCAAGGACCUGGACCGAGUUCUCGGCACGCUCGGCGGCAAGCGAUUCGCCGACGUCGGCCUCGGCGACGACCAAGAUCCCGACGGCUACCAGACCGGCUACCAGGAGUGGGAGCCGAAGAUCUGGCAGGCUCUCGGCGUCGACAACGUGGACGGGUUGCCGGAGGAGCCGCCACCCAUCACCAACGAAGAUAUCAAGCUUGCGUCGAACUACUUGCGAGGCACCAUUGUGGAAGGGUUGAACGACGCUUCCACCGGAGCAAUCUCCGCGUCCGACCAGCAGCUGACAAAGUUUCACGGCACCUACAUGCAGGACGAUCGCGAUGUACGAGAUGAAAGGAAAGCGCAGGGGCUGGAACCGGCGUAUUCCUUUAUGAUUCGGUGCAGGCUGCCCGGCGGCAUCGCCACGCCCGAGCAAUGGGUUCAGAUGGAUGACAUCAGCACGGCCUUGGGCAACGAGACCAUGAAGCUCACGACAAGGCAAACUUUCCAGUUCCACGGCGUCGUGAAGGGCAAGCUGAAGCCCGCCAUGCAGGCCAUCAACCGGGCACUGCUGACAACCAUCGCUGCUUGCGGCGACGUGAACCGCAACGUCAUGUGCAGCUCCUUGCCGGCACUGUCCAAGUACCACCGGCAAGUCUAUGCUUGCUCGCAGAAGAUCAGCGAUCACCUGCUGCCGUCCACGAGUGCCUACCAUGAAAUCUGGCUCACGGAUGACGAUAACAAGAAGGUGCAGGUCGCCGGCGAAGCCGUGCAAGACUACGAGCCCCUGUACGGCCCCACGUACCUCCCUCGCAAGUUCAAGAUCACCAUCGCGAUCCCGCCGCACAACGACACCGACGUCUACGCCCACGACAUCGGGCUCAUUGCCAUCAAGGGAAAGGACGGGAACCUGGAAGGCUUCAACGUGCUUGCCGGCGGGGGCAUGGGUGCCACGCAUAACAACAAGAAGACUUACCCCCAGACUGGCCGGAUGCUGGGCUUCUGCCAAACGGACGACGUCCACACUGUGUGCGAGAAGAUCAUGCUCGUGCAACGAGACAAUGGAGAUCGCAAAAACCGCAAGCACGCCCGCCUCAAAUACACGAUUGACGACAUGGGCGUCGAUGUGUUCCGGAACAAGGUCGAGGAGCUCUGGGGGCGGCCGUUCGCCAAGGAGCUGCCCUUCGAGUUCGUGAGCAACGUCGACACCUUUGGCUGGCAGAAAGAUGAGACCGGACUGAACCAUUUUACCUUCUUCAUCGAGAAUGGGCGCGUGGAAGACACGCCCGAGUUUCGGAUGAAGACGGGCCUUCGGGAGAUUGCCAAGGUGCACAAGGGCGAGUUCCGCCUCACCGGCAAUCAACACUUGAUACUCAGCAACGUCAAGGAUGAGGACUUGCCUGCCAUGAAGGACCUUAUGCGGAAGUAUAAGCUCGACAACAUUCGCUUCUCUGGCCUCCGGCUCAGCUCCUCCGCUUGUGUCGCUUUCCCCACCUGCGGCUUGGCGAUGGCGGAGUCUGAGCGAUACCUACCAGUACUCAUCUCGAAGCUGGAGUCCUGCCUGGAAGAGAAUGGUCUUCGUCAGGAUUCCAUCGUCAUGCGCAUGACCGGUUGUCCCAACGGCUGUGCCCGACCUUGGCUGGCCGAGGUGGCAUUCGUUGGCAAGGCUUUCGGCGCGUACAACAUGUACCUCGGGGGCGGAUACCAUGGCCAACGGCUGAAUAAGCUCUAUCGGUCGAGCAUCAAGGAGGAGGAGAUUCUUGACAUAAUGAAGCCGCUGCUGAAGAAGUACGCGUUGGAGAGGCAACUGGGCGAGAAUUUUGGUGACUUUUGCAUCCGUGCAGGCGUCAUCAAAGAGACAACGGAUGGCCAGAAUUUCCACGAUGAUGUCGCGGAAGAGAACUCGGACGGGGAGCAAUAA